AUGCUUGUGUCGCAGGGCAUCAAGAUGAAGGAGAUCACGACGACGAAGAAGCCAUCGGUUGUCGUCAAUGCUGGCGAGACCGACGAGGAGGUGAUGGCGAGGUUUGCUCGGGAGCAUCCAGAGUACGUCCAGGCCGAGCUGGAGUACUACUGGAAGCGUGAGGCGGACCAGAAGAAGAAGGAGGAUGAGGCCGGUCCCUCGACGGUGAUCCCCAUCGAGUCCUGUUAUGAGGAGGACUGGGCAGACUUCUCGGAGGAGGAGGAGGAGGAGGAGGAGGGGUGCGACGACCCGGAGAAGGAGGAGUUUUGGGUGCAGUUCGGCAGCUCCGGCGAUGAGGAGUAG